UGCACUCAGUCUUCCUCGUUGUGUGCAUCGAUGAAGUUGUUUCAAAGAUGGCGGACUUCCUGCCGUCCCGCUCUGUUUUAUCUGUCUGUUUCCCAAACUGUCUCCUCACUAGCGGCGAGGCAGAGCAGCUGCGGAAAUCUAAAGAGAUAGAUAAAUGUCUUAUUCGAGACAAAACAUAUGUUAAAAGGCUAGUUAAAAUCCUUUUACUUGGAGCAGGCGAGAGCGGUAAGUCUACUUUCCUCAAGCAGAUGCGCAUUAUCCAUGGGCAGGACUUCAAUCAGAGGGCCAAAGAAGAAUUCAGAGCAACUAUUUACAGCAAUGUUAUUAAAGGCAUUCGAGUUUUGGUGGAUGCUCGAGAGAAACUUCACAUUCCUUGGGGCAACUUGUCCAAUCAACGCCAUGGAGAUAUGUUGAUGGCGUUUGACACUCGAUCUAUGGUGGCCCACGGCCACGGUAUGGUGCAACCCAAAGUUUUUCAACAUUACUUGCCAUCAAUUAAGGCCCUAUGGGAUGACCAGGGAAUCCAGAAUGCUUAUGACCGUCGCAGAGAAUUUCAAUUGGGGGAGUCAGUCAGGUAUUUCCUGGACAAUUUGGAAAAGCUUGGACAGUCGGACUACCUCCCGAGCCAGCAGGACAUCCUCUUGGCCCGAAAACCCACCAAGGGCAUCCACGAGUACGACUUUGAGAUUAAGAAUGUGCCUUUCAAAAUGGUGGAUGUAGGAGGUCAGCGUUCAGAGAGGCGGCGCUGGUUUGAAUGCUUCGAUUCCGUCACGUCCAUCCUUUUUCUUGUCUCCUCCUCGGAAUAUGAUCAGGUCUUGAUGGAAGACAGGCAAACCAACCGUCUGAGCGAGUCCCUCAACAUCUUCGAGACCAUCGUCAACAACCGAGUGUUCAUCAACGUCUCCAUCAUCUUAUUCUUGAACAAGACGGACCUGCUGGAGGAAAAAGUCAAGCAGGUAUCCAUCAAAGACUACUUUGGCGAGUACUCGGGCGACCCCAAAAGCCUGGCGGACGUCCAGGCCUUCUUGGUGGAGUGUUUUCGCAAAAAGCGGCGAGAGCAGCAGCAGAAGCCUUUAUACCACCACUUCACCACCGCUAUCAACACUGAGAACAUCCGCCUGGUCUUCCGCGACGUUAAGGACACCAUCCUGCAUGACAACCUCAAGCAGCUGAUGCUGCAGUGAAGGGAGGAGGGAGAGGAGGAGAGAUGGACGAGUGCACACCACCACCUCUUAACAUGGACCAGAGGAAGAUCUUCCUUAAGCCGCCCGUCCGUCCGUCUCCCUCCACCCAUCCCUCCUCCUUUCUUGACAGUGCCCCCCCCCCUUUAUUAUAGACUGAAUCAAAGCCACUACUACUACUACCAAGAAUCCUUUUUGCCUCUUCUUUGCCUUAUUCAGCAGAUUCACUGUGACUGCCCACUGGCCAACAUGAACCCUUCCAACUACUGUAAAUGACCUUUACCCCGCUCCGAUGCCUCUCUUUAUUUCCGCUCAAAUUCUCACACUGUGCUGCUUUUUUCUGUUCCUAUGCUGCUUUGAGCACUGUCGAAAGGGAAAGGCCUUGUUUUGUGUUAUCACGGCCGCCGAGGGCGUCUUGCUCGUCUUUUCGGAACCGCCAUUUAUUUCCACGACGAGUCUGCUUUCUGACGCCACUCGAUUGCAUCAUAUGGGCUGGUCGGAAGAUUUUUGAUGAACAGGAAAUAGGAGGGCCCUAUCCACCUUCAAGCCACAAUCUUCCGUAGCGUAGCUUCUAACCAUUUAAGUUCCUUUUCCUAACGCCACACACAUAUAUGUAUGUAUCUAUGCAUUUUGCGUUAACUUAUAAUAUAUAGAGUUUACACUUUUGAUUUGUAACUGCUGUUGGACCGGUGUGGGCUUCUGUUGAAACAGCGCAGACACAACCACUUGUCAAACUGUCCAGUGCAGAUUUGUUUUUUCCUGAUUUUGCUGUUUCUCAGGGCACUUUGUGAACCACUUCAUUCUGAUUUGAAGCCAACCGUUUCUCAUGCCUCCAGUUGUUUAUGUCCUUGUGGAAACAAAAGUUCAGCCUUUGCAUUCACCCCGUUAUUAGUAUCAAUUUGGAUUGCUGGCUACUUAAUGUGCACAUAGUCAAGUCAUGCAGUGAAAUACCGGUUCUGUUUUUUUUUUGUUUUUUAGGGGACCAAUGUGACAUGACAUUUCAGGACCAAGGCCCACUUUUUUGGGUUGUCUGUACUCUACAAAGGUCAUCAUGCCGUGAGGAAAAGCUUGCUAGCUGCGACUUUGGCUUAGUUGUAUGCCUUGGGUCACAUGACCCCUUGUUCCUUAGCAGAUGAUGAUGAGCUCAUCUUUUCGAUGUCUGUCUGACCUUGAAAUGUUGGCCUUUUUUUUUUUUUAAUAUGGCCUUAAACUUGUGAAAAGGAAGGAAAAGCUAGAUGCUGGUUGAAAGUGUUCUGCAACUACACGAAGGUAAAAUUCCCACAUUGUAUGUGAACAUCCAAGACUCAAGUUUGCAUCUUGGGUCAGUUUGAAAUGAAGUGAAACGCAAUUCAUUCUAAUUAGUAAACUUGUCAAAAAUCCAGCCCGAGUGAAACGACCACCGUCGUAAAAGUUUUAAUCAACUGAGGUUGUUUUUGUGACUUUUCAUGCAUGUUCCCCAAAUAUUUUGAUUAUUUUAGAAAUCUGGGGGUUCCACUGUGACUAGUUCGAAACAAAUGACAUGGUCAAGAAAAUAAUGCACAUCAUUUUAAAAUAUGAUUGACUAGUCAAUAAUUUGUUUGUGUUCCAGACUGAAACAUAAAUCUUUCUUUGCUUGAAUGUUUGCAUCUAAAAAUGGUUGUGAAAAUACAAUGCACAAAGAUGCAGCUUGGAACAUUGUUGUACUGGUACUGAGAAUUGAGGUCAAGUUAUCGUGUGAAGACAUAAUUAUUUAAAAAAAAAAAAAAAAAGAUUCAAAUUCCAGAGGGGUUGGCAUCUUUGUUGUUUGAUCAUUGGAAUUUUUUUUAGCUGAAAGUCCCCCCCCCCCCCCCCCCAUGCAGGCUUCAAGCCAGGAUUAUUUUUUCUUUUCUCAAAGCCCGACAACCAUCCACCUUGUAAAUAUGUUUUUGUCAUGUCUUAGCCAACACUUUGUUGACACCUGAAGUUUAGUUUGAACGUGCUACUUGAUGAAAAUGAUGAGUCAAUAACAGUUAUGUUAGGAUUUUAAUUAAAAUAUCUUCUAUUUCAUUGUGAACCAAGGUUCCGCUGUUUUACCGUUAAAAUUUGUAUCAUCCUG